AUGCCAAAAAACACGACUGUUUACGAUCCACAUUUUGAGGAACAUAUAGGGAACCAUGGUGUUUACCUGCCAUUCUCAACAUACCCAGAUGGUACCGAGCCAUCCAAACCAGAGAAUUUCCAAGAAAUUCGAACAAUCCUACGGACCUCUCGGCCUUCACUUGCUUUGUCGCCAGAUGCUUUGGAAAAGGAACAUGAAAAAUUUGUCAGACUCAGCGAAAAGGCUGCUGAUGAACAGCUGGUCAUCAAGAACAUCCUUCCUAUCCUUGAAGGAGAGGAAAAGGCUUGUUUUUGGUCUGGCGCUGGCCAUCCAUUCAAGAAACUUGCCCCCCUAACUGAUGGCACUCUAGCCCACGCGAGGCCUGAUUUUUACCAUGGCGCACCACUAAACCAGCUAAACCCCGCCAUCCGGAAGCAACUUAAGGACCAGGUUAUCCCAACAGCCAAGAGCAAUCGUCCUAUUGCUCCGAAUUUCUUUGUUGAAGCAAAAGGCCACGAUGGAUCACACUCUGUGGUUAGACGUCAGGCUUGUUAUAACGGUGCUCUAGGGGCGCGAGCUAUGCAUUCCCUCCAGCAAUUUGGGAACAGAAGUGGGAGCGAUACCACUACGACACCUGCUUGCUACGAUAAUAAUGCCUAUACUAUGACAUCUACUUACCAUUCCGGAACUCUUGGGCUAUAUACGACACAUCCAACACAGUCUAGGUUCAACAGCAAUUACCCACACCGUGACACCGACUAUUUGAUGACACGGGUUGGGAAAUGGGCGCUUGAUGGUAGCCCAGAAAGCUUCCAGCAGGGUAUAACCGCUUAUCGAAAUGCUAGAGAUCUGGCUCAAGAACAGCGGGACGGGUUCAUCAGGCAGGCGAAUGAACGGUAUGCGUCAGAUCGCCGGCAAAUUUAUACUGCGAGGGAUAGUGAUGAGGAACAACCGGUGUUGUCUAAUGGAACUGGUGAUGUCAAUAAGUAG